CCCAGGCAGACUUGAUAGAUAAACUGAUGGCUAAGCUCAAGGAGUAUGGUGAGCAUUUAUCAAGGAAGUCUAAGUGGCUGGCAUAAAAAGACUGAAUACAGUGUAGUUGAGAUACUUCGGAACCAAGUCUUCUUGCAACAACUUGGCAAGCCACCGGCUCGCACGCACCGGUCGUACUUCAACUGGCAUUGGACUAACAAGCCACUUACUACGGGUUAUUAUGACUACAUAUUCCACGAUUCAGACUUUGUGGCUACCUCGGGGAACCCCCCAAGCUAUUGUGAGGAACUCAUUCGCGACCACAUAGACUCACACCAUUGGUCUCCCAUCAGGGUACGUAAUCCCCUUGCAACGAUACUACAAGAGGAUUGUGGACAUCUAACAAUGCUGAUGGCGUGAAGCGAAUUGUCAAGGCAAGUGAGGAGAUGAAAAAGCCAACCAAGGACUCACGAUUCACGUUCUUCUCUCCUGCCGCUGAGAGGGGCGUCGGUCGAUUCUUGCUCGUCUCUAGCAUCCUGUUGAUUUUAAUGUGUCCUGUCUUUCUUUUGUUCCUUCUUCCAAUGUCUCAUCUGAUGAUGGCGAUCACAACUGCAACCUUUAUCUUCCUAUUCGCCUUGAUCAUGUGUGUUGUAACGGAGGGCAAAGUAUAUGAAGUCUUCGUGGGUACAGCGACGUGAAUACCCCAAAUCUUGUCGGGCGAUCCAUGCUGAUCAUGUACAGAUAUGGUGCAGUAUUGAUAAUGUUUUUAGGCAAUAUUUCACAGAAUACGCCAGUGAGUG